AUGGCUGCUCAAAAGGCCGUUUUCACCGUCUCGGCUCAGGCCACCCAGUUAGGCAAUCGCAUUUCGGUGCAUAUGCUGGACUAUCUCAGCACUGAACACGACCUACCGGACGGUUUUCGUGAACUAUCACAGACUUUCCUAGAUACCUGUCGCGCUUUAUGGGCCAUUGAUGCGGGUCUCACCGAAUCCACUGCUGCCGGUCGCGCUCUGCCCGAUGUGAUCGUGGAGGAGGUGGCGAAGAAAUUCAUGGCCGCUUAUCGCGAUUUCCAGAGUCUGGACAAGGUCGUGACCAGACUCAUUCAGUAUGAACAUCGUGGAGCCCUGGGCAGGCUUCAACGCGGAUGGAAUCGUCCAAGCCUCGAACUGCACCGCAUUCGCGAGUCAUUGAAGAAGACAACCGAAACACUUCAAAUCAGCGUCCUCGCCUUUCACUGGUCUCUUGGCGAACAGCCAUUCAUGGAGGAAUCAGUGGGCAUUGGCUACGCCGGGCUGGCUGCCGCACUGGACCGUAUGGCCAAAGGUCGGUCGGUAAUGGGCAUCAACAAGGCUAAAUCUCUAGAAAAGGUAUCAAAGGAGGUGGCCACUUCGUUGUCAUCCGCGUCAGUCCCCUCUGUGCCCCCCAAAGAGUCCCCAGUACAACUCUCGGUUGCGAUAGAAAACCCCCAGUCCAAUGCCGAUGACAUACUCUCCUCCGUGCUUUCGCUCGACUCCCUCCUCAUUGCAAAUGACAAUGGCCAGGACCAUCUUUCGUUGCCCCCCGUUAACUCCCGUCCUCAGCCUCUGCGACUGAAUGGGAAUCCUGUGCGGAUGAGCUCGCGCGAGCCGCAAGCGGAAACGAUCACGCCUCUCGACGAUAAUAUAUCUGGGGAUACCCUCUCAUAUCACCGGCUAUACGAGUCAUCCGCUGGCCCGCUACAUCGCACCCCUAGCCGAAACAGUGGAGCUAGUGCGACGCGACUACGCGGUGCGUUAGCCUCCGCCGUCCGGGGACGGAAUCACAAGUUGCUAGAGCAGUUGUUGGACAGUGGAGUGUCGCCCAAUCUUGGGGAGCAUAUCCAUCCGCUCAACGAGGCCGUGCACCAGCACGAUUUUCAGGGGAUGCGCCUGCUUCUGCAGUUUGGUGCAAACCCAAACGAACCGGACCGGCAGGGAAAGACGCCCUUGCUUGUCGCAGUGGAUGAGUCGUUUGUCGACGGGGCGAACUUGCUGCUGAAGUACCGCGCCGAUUCCAACUAUGUAUCGGAGCCGGGACAAGUCUCUCCCUUGAGUCGUGCACUGGCGAAGGGAAAGCUCAAUAUGGUGCAGCAGCUGCUUGCGCAUGGGGGCAAUGCAAAUACUGAAACGCCAAGCGGUAGCACAGUGCUUGUCGAGCUUAUCAAACAACAGGCGCCACCGAAGCUAAUCACUCUCUUACUAGAGGCCGGCAGCGACCCAAACAAGAAGGGCUGCCAAGGGAGAACGGCACUCAACGAGGCGGUGCAGACCGAGCAGAUUGCCGUCGUAACGACACUGCUCGAACACGGGGCCAAUCCGAAUCUCCCUGGACCCGAGCAUGUUCUAUGGCUAGCUAUCUCCCGGCCAGCAUGUUUGCGGCUUCUAUUAAACAGCGGGGCUGACAUCAAAAAGACCCCAGGUCUCAUGGAACAGGCGACCAGCAUGAACAAUAUCGAAGCCGUUCGCACCCUGCUGGAGGUCGGGCUUGAUCCAAAUGCCAAGAAGGACGGUACCUACACGCCCCUCUGCUCUGUCAUUCGUGACAAUCGGGCCGACAUCUUGACACUGCUGCUGGAGCACGGUGCGGACCCAAACGUCAUGGCAUCCGAGUAUCCCGCUUGGAAAUGUAUCACCCACAACCGACUCCAUUUUCUACCUGUCUUGAUCGCGGCUGGUGCUGAUCUUUUUCAACCACCUGGAAUCGUAGAGCUGGCCGUGCAAGUCAACAACACUGCGGCCUUGGAGUGGCUGGUUGAGCAGGGAGGUGCGAACGUGAAUGACCGCAACGCACAAGGUCAUACUGCAUUGACAACUGCCAUCCGCGAGAACCGGCCGGAAAUGCUAAGCUACCUGCUCGCACAUGGCGCCAACCCCGCUCAACGUGGGCAGGAUUGGCCUGUAUGCAUGGCCGUGCGGUCUCCAGCCCUGCUUCAGAAACUGCUUCCGCUGGUCCCUGAUCUCUCUGCUUACAAGGGCGUCAUGGAGAUGGCCGUGCUUGCCAACCAGCUUGAGAGCAUCAAACUGCUGCUCGCUGCCGGUACCAGUGUCGAGUAUAAAAACGGUGGCGUCUUCUCCCCACUGACUACAGCCUUGCGAGAGCGACAUGACGAUAUUGUGAGGUUCCUGCUGGAGGAAGGAGGCGCCGAUCCAAACGCCCCCGGUGAGCAUCUCCCUCUCGUGAAAGCGAUCCGCCGGACCCUCAAUGGUGACUUUUCCAUGAUUGAGCUUCUGCUUGAGAAGGGUGCUGACCCCAAUAAAACCUACCGGCACUGGAAUGCUAUCAUGCAGGCGAUUGAGUAUCGGGAUCUGCCAUUGUUGCAUCUGCUAGUUAAGAAGGGAGGCGGAGCUGAUCUCACGCAGCACGAUGAGACAGGACAGACUGUUUUAGAAAUGGUGGAUUCCGGAUGGCCCGAGGCCAUGCAGUUCCUUCUUGACAAUGCGCGCCCCUAG